UUCAGCUGGUCUGAACGAGAUUCAAUCGGGGUUUUUGUCUGGACUACCGAGGAGAAGAAGCAGUACCGUGUAGUAGAGGACGGAGAGAGGGCGAGAGCGAGAGAGAGCAAUAGAGCGAGAGAGUCAGAAGAGUGCAGGACGUUGAAACCUAGGUACCGUCUUAUUAUUUGCAGGGUCAGGUUCGAGACGUGUGCCGGGGGCUGUUGUUGUUCUGGCUGGCUCGCUAGCAUCGUCGCAGCAAGCAAGCAAGCAAACCUCUUGGGAAGUGGUGAACGGUAGAAGUAGCAUCUACGGGGCCAGAGUGGACGGCACGAGACAGCCACGGUGCGCUGUGAAGGGGAGGAAAGGAUGGCAGAGGUCAUGUCGGCGGCAUCUGCACCAUACCAACAACACACGACCGGCAGUUCACCCUCGCCUGCCUCGUUCGGUCUCGCGACGCAGCAAGACCAGCUGGAAGCCGUUGUCCCUUCGAGGACCAUGUCGCAAAGGUCGCAGAAACGUGCGGAUCGAUCAGAACGAACAGGAGGAGACCGUCGACGAUCGUCCCAAGCAUCGAACCCAAUGCCACAGUCGCAGUCGCAGCAGCUGGCGCAACCACCACCUCCUCCUCCCGCUACUCGAACCGAUCGAUCACGACCGCAAUCAGCAGUGCAACCCGCAUUCAGCUCGAACCUGUCGUAUGCGCAAGUCCGCGACUUUGCAUAUCCCGCGUACCAUUCGAUGCAUUUCGGUGGUCCCAGUGAGGAGGAGUCCGGUGUGAGCGCGCCAACAGGGUGGGAUGCAGGUCGCAGAUUAUCAGAAAGCGCAGAAAGCAGUACAUCAGGGGGCAAAGGAUGGCAUGCGGGGCCAUGGGGUGGGGAUGGUGUCUUAUAUGGUGAUCCCGAGCAAGACAUGGAGGAAUUGCCACGCACUGCAUUCGGCACCGCAGGCGAUGAUUGGGGCGAAGAUGAGACAUCGUUCAAGGUUAAUAAGCACCGCAAAAGCAGAUCAUUCCACGAUAUCCCCAAUUAUGAGCGAGGGCGCCGGAGAGAGUCGCAAGGACGCAGCAAAGCACAGGAAGAAGGGUCGCAAUCGCAACCGCAACAGUAUGAUCCCGCGGGACGCGAUGCGUUGCGGCAGAGUCGAGGCUUUAUCCUUUCCGAAAAUGGGGAACAACUACCUCGACGAGAUUCACAUUUCGCCGCCACCACUCUGCCCAAUCGCAGUUUCCACACUUCACAGCCCGUCGACCCUGACUCCGACCUUCCCCUGGACGCCGAGCCAUCAUUGCACCAUUCCCCGCAGCGAGAAAGCAUGGGACCCGAGGACGAAGAGCUGUUCGCGGGCCCGUCACUCGCUCUGUAUGGCUUCGAACCCGAGAAUGAGAACGAGCUCCGGCUCACCGAGGGAGAGGUGAUUAUGGUAUCGUAUCGCCAUGGUCAAGGCUGGUUGGUGGCGGAAAAGGCCAAUGGCGAUCAAGGCUUGGUACCGGAAGCAUAUGUACGACUGUUGCGAGACAUUGAAGGCUGGGACGAAGAGACGGGACAGUUCAUCGAAGGAGAUCCAUUCGGCCCCGAUGCAGAAGAGGUCACGACACCGACGGAGACUCCAACAACAACAACAACCACAAUCAUUCACGGCUAGGAGCUCUCGAUCAUCACCAGUUCGCUUCCAUGUAAGCCUGGAUGAAUACUAUUUCCACCGCUCGAGAUACACGUGCAUGUUCCAUUCGCGUCGAGGACUGGCAUAAUCGUCGUCGUGAUCGGGGCAUGUUGUUGUGCCAAACGCUUGGCACUCUCAAGUCUUUCGUGGACGCUGCGACCCAGCCACUGCGCCGCGUGUCAGUUCCUCCAUACAGGCAAUGCCAAACAUGCAGUCUCCCGCCAAUUGUGAAGGCGGCAGGGCCAGAGCCGAGCCUCUUCUCGGGACUUUCGCGUCAAACUAGUGCGGAGCCACAAAAGGUCAGAGAGCGUGCGUGAAACAAUCUCUCUGUCUUGGGGACAAGCCGUGAGGGAGAUCUGUACACGGAGCAGGAUGCUAGACCCUGUGCAUAAGCUCAUUCAUUCGUGGUCGCGCAGCACUCGGCAAGUCAUUUGGCCUGGCAGUAUUGAUACCAGGGAGAGAGAAAAGUACAAAACAAUGCUUAACCUGGUCCAAGCUAUAGAAGGCAAGCUCCUCAUACAUGCCGAACGACGACGCCUCUGCUUGAUGAUGUUGCGCCUGUUGGAAGAGGGUCUUCUUGCGGACGUCGCAAUAUCUCUGAGUGCCUUGACACCGGCAUUACUUGUCUCUGCCUCAAGAAGCAAUGAUAACCUUGCGCGUGUCCGCUGCUGCAUCACGUGGACUCACGCAGGCGCAUAUCACACUUGAGAGCAGACCAAGCAACCAUAGGGCCGAUACCACAAACACCGAAGUGUACUCACUGUAGUACUCUUGGGAACCGAAAAAGACCGUAUGAUUAUUAUCGAGCCAGAACCCUCUUUCUCUCACUCACUCUCCAUUGGCUGGAAAGAAAGAAACGAAAGACCUUUUGUCGACUUGAGCCGCCUAGAGAAAGAAAUACCUUGGGUCUUAUCCGCUCUGAUUACAACACACACACAUACAUUCCCUCCUUAGCCGAGAAUGAAGGGCAAAGCCGAUGUGGCGUGGCAGGCAGGCAUUGCAUUUGCAAAAGCGUCCUGGUUGGAAUGAAUCAGAAUCGUCCGAGGGAACCAAACCUUUGCUGCAAAUUGAGUGAGCGAGACUUGCAAAGAAGAAGAAGAAGAAGAAGGAGAAGAAGAAGAAGAAGAAGAAGAAGCAGCAGCAGAAGUUGAUCCCCAAAAUAAAAUGGGAGAGAGAGAGAGAGAGCAUAUGUACAUAUAUCUAUCUAUCGAUAUAUCUAUCCAUCCAUCCCAC